ACAACGAAACUCUAUCCACUUCCUCCACACUCACCAACGCUUCACAUUACUCAAAUGACAAGAAUCGUAACGAUGAUGGCUCUGGCUUUAUCGACGGCGACGAUGCUAUCCACGUGUCGAUCAGCGAGUAAUCUCCACCCUGUGAUCCUGGUCCCUGGAAACGGCGGGAACCAGCUCGAGGCGCGGCUGAACCGGGAAUACAAUCCGUCGAGCCUAUGGUGCAGCCGGUUUCUGUACGGAAGAGACGACUGGUUCAGGCUCUGGUUCGACCCCACCGUGGUCUUGGACCCGUUCACGAGGUGCUUCAACGACCGUAUGAUGCUGUUCUACGACCGCGAUCUUGAUGAUUACCGAAAUGCCCCUGGCGUUCUGACCCGGGUCCUCGAUUUCGGAUCCACCAAGUCCAUGCUUUACCUCAAUCCUUACCUCAAAAAGCUCGCAUCCUACAUGUCACCUCUAGUGAAAGCACUAGAGAAAGUCGGGUACAUCAACGACAAGAAUAUCGUCGGAGCACCUUACGACUUCAGGUAUGGCCUAGCAGCGGAAGGCCAUCCGUCGAAAAUUGGCUCACAAUUCUUACAAGACCUUAAAGACUUGAUAGAAAAGACGAGCCGAGAAAACGACGAGAAACCCGUUAUCCUUAUUUCCCAUAGCCUCGGAGGGCUUUUCGUCCUCCAGCUUCUCAACCGAAACCCUAAUUCCUGGCGAGACAAAUACAUCAAGCACUUCAUCGCUCUCGCUGCCCCGUGGGGCGGAACGAUCGAGCAGAUGAAGACUUUCGCCUCGGGAAACACCCUCGGCCUCCCUCUGGCUAACCCUUUACUCGUCCGACCAAGUCAAAGGAGCUCGGAGAGUAACCAGUGGCUCCUCCCAUCCCCCAAAAUAUUCCACGACCUAACCAAUCCCCUUGUCGUUACUCCUCGUACUAACUACACAGCCUACGACAUGGUUCGGUUCCUUGAAGACAUAGGGUUCGAUAACGUGGGUCCGUACAAGACUAGGGUUUUGCCAUUAACGGAAGAGUUGCGGGCCCCGCAUGUUCCGGUGACUUGCAUGUACGGUCGGAACGUGGAUACGCCGGAGGUUUUGGUGUACGGAGAAGGAGGGUUCGAUGAGCAACCGGAGAUUGUAUACGGAGACGGUGACGGAACUGUGAACUUGGCGAGCUUGUCGGCUCUUGAAACGAUAUGGGUUCACGACAAGGACCAGAGCUUGAAGACAGUCCAGAUUAAUGAUGUUUCCCAUACCUCCAUUCUUAAAGAUGACGUUGCAAUUGAGGAGAUUGUUAAAGAGAUUCUCAAUGUCAAUUCUAUGGAAUCAGAAUUAAAAGAAUAUGUAUAAAUUUUGAAUA